AUGCCGAACCCCGUCUUAUGUGAUUGGUGCCAGACAACGGUCUUGGAUAAACAUCUUCUGGCCAUGAUUGAUCACGAGAAGAAAGGUGCGGCUAGAGAGUCUGAGGAUCAAAGUCUUUUUAAAACGGUAUAUGACAUAGUAUCAUACACUGCAAAUCGCGAUGCGCUUGCCGGGUUCCAGCGGUUCUUUCGUAAAAACACUGAAUUGCUAUUGCAAAAUGCAUCCCGGGGGUGUAUCUUCUGUAUGCUUCUUAUAAAUGCACGAGGUGGGCUGCUCGCUGAUUUCAUUACCGUCAAGGAUCCUUGGGAAUGGUCCGAAUUGAGGGUCGCUGCCGAUGGCGACGAGAAUGUGGAUCGCGCUUAUUAA